AAUCAACAAUUCUUGCUGUCUUAGUAAAAGCAAUACAACUUUCAACAUUCAAGAGCGGACUGUAAUAACAGAUGAGUCCUUCACUGAAAAUGGAGUUUCCAAAUUCAGCUGUUCAGCUUCUCCUCUCACUGUUUCUGCUUGUUCAUCAUGUUUCAUCACAAAGAUCCACUUACAUUAUCCACAUGGACAAAUCCUCCAUGCCUAUGGCAUUUUCCACUCACCAUUUUUGGUAUUCUUCUCUUCUUACAUCAUCAAAAUCAACGUCUCAAACUUCUGCAAAUGCCGACAAAUCCGAGCCCAAGCUCAUCUACACCUACGACCAUGCCUUCCAUGGAUUCAGCGCUGUGCUGUCGGAAGACGAACUUGAUGCCUUGAAGAACUCAGCUGGCUUCAUCUCCGCCUACAAGGACGGUGUCGUGACACCGGACACGACACACUCCACCAAGUUCCUUGGCCUCACCAGUGCCUCCGGUCUCUGGCCGGCAUCCAACUACGGCAAAGAUGUUAUAAUCGGCAUUAUCGACACCGGUAUCUGGCCGGAGAGUCCCAGCUUCAAGGACGACGGGAUGACUGAGAUCCCUGCAAGGUGGAAGGGGGCUUGCAACGGCGGUGAAGAUUUCAACUCAUCGCUGUGCAACAAGAAAAUCAUCGGAGCCAGAUACUUCAACCAAGGAGGCCGAGCAGAGAAUCCGGAUCGGGAGUUUAAAGAUUCAGCAAGGGACGACGAUGGCCAUGGCACCCACGUGGCGUCUAUUGCAGCCGGAAACAUCGUGGAGGGAGUUUCCUUCUUCGGCUACGCCCCCGGAACGGCCAGGGGGGUUGCUCCCCGAGCUAGGGUCGCAGUCUACAAGGUCCUCUUCUUCGGAGCUGCUGAAUCUGAUAUGCUGGCUGGAAUGGACCAGGCCGUUGCAGAUGGAGUCGAUAUAAUAUCCGUCUCAAUAAGCAGCCGCGCGGAAAAUCUGUACGAGAGCCCUUUCGCCAUAGCCAGCUUUGGCGCGAGGGAGAAGGGGAUCAUGGUUUGCACGUCGGCAGGGAACCGCGGGACUCGUGGAGUUAGGACUAUAUUUAAAGGAGUCCCGUGGGCCGUGGUUGUCGCUUCAGGAACCGUUGAUCGUUGGUUUGCCGGUACUUUAACUCUCGGCAACGGAAAAACCAUCACCGGAUGGACCACAUUUCCAGCAAGAGCCAAUAUCAGAAACCUGCAGCUCGUCUAUAACCAAACCUCAUCUGCUUGCGACUCGCCCGAGUUCUUCACAGAAGCGCCUUCCGACAGUAUCUUCAUAUGCAAUCUGAACACCGGAAAUGCAGAUCUUGGUACGGUGAUGCUCUACCAGCCUGGUACUAACGUCCGAGCAAGUAUCGUCAUCACUUCAACCACUGCUGAGAUUUUUCGAUCGACUUCAUUUCCUGAACCGGGAGUUGUCAUUACCCCGGAAGAAGGGGAAGAAGUGAUCCGUUACGCAUCAACUAGCGCUUCCCCGACAGCAACCAUUGAUUUCCAGCAGACUAUUUUAGGAAGAGACGGGCCGAGAGGCGUACCGGCUCUUUCAGACGACUCGUCAAGAGGCCCCGGGAUAAGCUAUGAGCGUAUACUGAAGCCAGACUUGAUGGCACCCGGGGUGUUGAUCUUAGCAGCCUUCCAUCCUCAGCUCAUGGCGACAAGAAUCGGUAGAAACAUCGACCUCUCCAGCGACUACAAUCUGUUAUCAGGCACAUCCAUGGCAUGCCCUCAUGUCUCGGGUAUAGCGGCCCUUCUUAAAGCCGCGCACCCUGAUUGGAGCCCUGCAGCCAUACAGUCCGCGAUGAUGACAACCGCUAAUCCUCUCGAUAGCAACAAGCAGCCCAUAAAGGACCUUGUGGGGAUAGAGGCCUCGCCACUUGGCAUUGGAUCGGGCCAUGUUGAUCCCAACCGGGCGCUUGAUCCGGGUCUUGUCUACGAUGCUUCUGUACAGGACUUGGUGAAUCUGGUGUGUUCCAUGAACUUCACUCGCAACCAAACUCAAACGAUCAUAAAGUCAAGCUACAGUUGCUUGAAUCCGACGGCUGAUCUCAAUUAUCCGUCGUUCGUGGCUCUGAUUCGGGCGGAGGAGAUUGGGAGGACGCUGACUCGGAUGUUCCGGAGAAGAGUGACGAAUGUAGGGAAUGGCGUGGCCACGUAUAAGGUCACGGUGGAAGCGCCGGUGAACACCACAGCUGUAGUUGAGCCUCAAACUUUGGUGUUUCGCAGGAAAAACGAGGCGAAGAGGUAUUCGCUCACGAUUCGGUAUAAGGCUGAUAUAGAGAUUCAACAUAGAGAAGGUGCAGUCAUUUGGACAGACCAAACCGGCAAGUAUAGAGUGAGAAGUCCGAUUAUGGUGUCGGCAGCAGCCGACAAUUUCGAGUAGUUUUCUUGAUUUCAACAUGACCUCAUUUUCUUAACUUGUGGAAGCCUGUACGUUUUAAGAUUAAGUUGCCUUCACAGAACAGGAAAAUAUGUGUUUUGAUUGUUUAGUUGCAUUUUCUAUGAAAUAUUAGUCUUUUGUUUA